AUGGUACUAGGAUUUUCCCAUAACAAGAAUCUCAUCGAUUUUCUCAUCGGCUACGGCACUGGUCUCCUCUUCCUCCGCCACCAGCACGCAAGCCUCCUCCGUCUGAUUAAUGCUCUUCUGGCCUUCAAUCUUGCCAUUCUUGUCCUGUACUUUCGGCUUCGUGACCCGCAUGAGCUCCACUGCCACGUUGGUGAUGGAGUGGUACUUAUGCAUCUGUUGAAGGAUGGAGAUCCACUUGAGCCGCCUCUUUUGGAUGGCAGAGAAGACAGAAUCGUACUCCAAUCCGCCUCCGUCGAGCUGUACGAGGUGUCAGCAAAAUGCAUCGAUGCUUGCAUUCGCAGCGGCGAAUUCACCACGGAACCAGGCGAGGAUCGUGUCCUUGGAAAAGGAGGCAUCUGUCAUUAG